UCAGUUAAGACUUCAGCAGCGGCGGGCACGAGAGCAACUGGCAGGCCAGGGCACCAUGCCUCUGAACCAUGGAAAGUUCCCCAAGCAGGAGGACUCGUACGCCUUCGAGGAGGACAGCAGCAGCGACGGGCUCUCCCCGGAGCAGCACCACGCCGAGGAGUCCCCGGGCUCGGCCGGGCCUUCCUCCCUGGAGCCCGUCGGCAGCACCCCGUCCUCCUCCUCCUCCCCCAGCCUGACCAGCCCCCGACAGGGCGGAGUCACCCGGGACUCAUCUGACCCAGGUCAGGAAGAAGGACUAUCUGACGCCAACGGCAGCCAGCCCUCCAUGCCCAUAUCUGUCCCAGCCAUCGUCAAGUCCAAGACGUCGGACAAGAACCGACACAAGAAGCCCAAGGACGUGAAGCCCAAGGUGAAGAAGCUCAAGUACCACCAGUACAUCCCCCCCGACCAGAAGGCGGAGAAGUCCCCCCCGCCCAUGGACUCGGCCUACGCCCGCCUGCUGCAGCAGCAGCAGCUCUUCCUGCAGCUGCAGAUCCUCAGCCAGCAGAAGCACGCCCAGUCGCACGCGCACAACGGGCACGCCCAGCACGCCCACCAGAACCAGGCCCAGAUCCCCCAGCGUCAACCCACCUUCAGCUACCAGCCCAUGGCCACGUCGGCGCCCAACCACAAAGGCGAGCACCUGACACCGUGCGGCGCCAGCGGGCCACCCAGCGCAGCCAACAGCACCUCCUCCUCCCCGGUCAAGACCUCGUACCCCAACCAGAGCAGCCUGUCCCCAGUCAAACCCGGACCCCUGCCAGCCAAUCUGGAUGACCUUAAGGUGUCGGAGCUCCGGCAGCAGCUCCGUGUCCGGGGGAUGCCCGUGUCAGGCACCAAGACAGCCCUCAUCGAGCGGCUCCGGCCCUUCAGGGACCAGGGCGCCUGCGACCCCCACCUCCACCAGCACCACCACCACCACCACCUCCACCCCGCCUCGGCCGCCAUGACCUUCCCCGUGACCCCCGCGGGCUCCCUGUCCCAGUCCUCCUACCAGUCGCCCUCGUCCUCCAGCGGCGCCCCGUCCCAGGGCGGGUACUUCCCGUACCCCAGCACCUCCUCCACGCCGCCCAUCUCGCCCGCCUCCUCGUCCUCGGAGCUGUCCCUCAGCGGCUCGCUGCCCGACAGCUUCAGCGACGUGCCCAUGUGCUCCCCCGGGCAGCGCUACGCCCUGCUGGGGGCGUCCCCGGGCCGGGCCCCCGGGGUCGAGGAGGGAGCCGGGGGAGGAGCCAGAGGAGGAGGAGGAGGAGAGGGCGAGGGGACGGUGGAGGCGGAGAAGGACAAGAUGCUGGUGGAGAAGCAGAAGGUGAUCGAGGAGCUGACCUGGAAGCUGCACCAGGAGCAGAGACAGGUGGAGGAGCUGAAGCUGCAGCUGCACCAGAGGAAGCGUUGCUACGGGUCGACGCAGGACAGCGCCCCCUCCCCCACGGGCCCCCACCCCCUGUCCAUGCACCACCCCCACCAGCACCACCAGCACCACCCCCCCCCAGCCCUGGGGGGCCAGCAGUUCUUCGGGGUUACCAUCAAACAGGAGCCCAUGUCCAUGUCGUCCAGCUGCCCUCUCUCCUCGCACAAACCCCUGGAGGAGCUGAGCCACUGCGGGGCCUCGCACCCCAACGCCAUGCCCGUCCCCGGCUCGGCCCCCGCCACCGGCAGCCCCCAGGCCCCGAUGUCGGCCUUCCCCAGCCCCCAGCGCUCGCCCCAAAGCCCCCCCAGCGGGAGAGCGCCGGGCAGCCCCCGGUCCCGCUCCCCCAACCAGCCCUACCUGCUGUCCCCCCCGCCACACCUCCGCGAGGGCUGCGGCCCGCCCCUCCCCCAGGGCAGGGGGCGCCACGCACAGAUGCAGCAGAAGAGCGGAGGCCAGCCGCUGAGCUCUCCGUACCCGUCUGAUCAGAGAGGACCGCACGGCGGCUUCCCCCCCGGCGGCGGCGGCGGCGGCGGCGACUGUGGCCACGCCCACCGUGGCCACCCUAAAGCCCCCCCGCUCAGCAACCCGCCAAAGAUGUCAGUUUUGCCCUCUCCUCGGCAAGUGAGCCAAACCACAGCCUUCAGUAGCUCAGAAUCAGCUGUAUGUGACUUAAGACACCCCCCAUGCUAUGAGGAUGCAGUCAAGCAGCAACUCUCCAGAAGCCAGCAGAUGGACGAGCUGCUGGACGUGCUGAUCGCGAGCGGAGAGCUGCCCGCUAACGUCAGGGACGAGAGGGAGAGCUCUGUAACCAAAGUUGUGCCUCACCUUCCUGUGUCCCCAGGCAGCACAGCCCUGGCCCUCCCCCGGUUCCACCGGCACUACGAGCACCCGGGCCCCUACGGCCUCUCGGCCGGCCACAUGGCCGACGGCCACCUGGAGACCCUGCUGGGGGGCCAGGGAGCCCUGCUCAAGCUGCCCGGGGAGGAAGGGCCGCAGGACGAGGGCGGCGUGAACGGCGACGGCUACGGCGGCGCCCACGACAACGCAAACCACCACCACAACCACCACCACCACCACCACAACCACCACCACCACCACCACAACCCGCAGCACCACCACCCCCACCCCCACCAGGACAAACUGCUGGCCAACCGGGAGCUCAUGGACACCCCCGCCCCGCUGUCCCCCGUCAACACCAAGCUGUCCCCCGACGGCGGCCACGGCCUGCCGGGCAUGAGCUUCAGCGAGUCCCCCUGGGAGACCAUGGAGUGGCUGGAUCUGACCCCGCCCAGCUCCGCCACCGCCUUCAGCGUGGCCCCGCCCAGCGGGCCCAGCAUCUUCAACACCGAGUUCCUGGACAUCGCUGACAUUAACUUGAACUCGGCCAUGGACCUUCAGUUGGACCACUGGUGAUGGCCGCCAGAGCUACGGGACGCCAAGCUAGCCCCAUCUGGGGAUAGCAAUAAGAGCAUCAAGCGCUAAGGAACACCAAGCUAGCCCCAUCUGGGGAUAGCAAUAAGAGCAUCAAGCGCUAAGGAACACCCAAGCUAACCCCAUCUGGGGAUAGCAAUAAGAGCAUCAAGCGCUAAAGAACCUAAGGCUAAUACCGAUGGUCAUAGCAAUAAGACCAUCCGGAGCGAAGGAACACCCAAGCUAACCCCGUUGGCGAUAGGAUUCAGGGCGACAGGUGCCAAUAAACACCACUUAAGUGUUAAACCGUAGAUAUUCCAUCUACCUGCAAGGCAAACCAACAGUACCAGCUAGAGAAACUGCCAACUUAUACGACAUCCCAGCAAUUUGUUAUUUUUAAAAGGAGAUAAUUUGCCAGCAAACUGAAAACCCAGAACGUUGAAAGUUCUCAAUCAAGUGCCAAUUCCCGGAUAUAGAUUAUUUUCACAUUGAAGUUGAGAUAUCAUAUCUUCGUCUUGUGGGACAACGUUGCGUACAGUUACAAAGCAUCAGUAUGACCGUGUAGACACAUGAAGGAUUUUCUGUGAAGAAGAAUGUUAUUCCAGAGGCGUAUGCAAUACCAGUGUUAUUCCAUCUUGACUUGAAAACUCCCAUUGACAAUCCAUCGUGCUUUUUAAGUCUGAGUGUAUGUUAAAUAUUACUGGAAAAAAAAACGAACUAAAAGUGACGACAGCGAUCUGAUAAUCACCACACAGUGGGAGCGCCAAUGUUACCCGUGGUGUGGGAGAACACACUGUGAGGUUACCUUAGUGUGUAUGGGUACGUUUUGUAACCACUUUGUAUUUCAUGUAAAUAUGGAGGAAAAUGUCACUUUGCACCUGUAGCUUAGUACACACAUGUCACAAUAUGCUUGGAACGUAGAUAAUGUGUAGUAUUAUUGGUCCCGAUACAAUGGCUGUGCUGAGGCCUAUGACCCGGCUGAAGCAGUUAUGAUUUGCUAUUAGGUUGUUUACUCCAAAAUAUAACAAAAACCUGAUUGUCCUGUUGCCUCAGAUGAAGGGAAAAAAAAUUAACAACUUCAUCUCUACCAAUUGUUAAUAUACUCAAAUUGUCUUUAUUUUUUAUCGCAAAUUUCACCUUUUCUUUUAAACCGUCACCAUGUAUAUUUAUUUAAAUAUUCAUAUAUUUUCAUGUCCUUAUAAAUGACAUUCCUUCUUGAUAGAUUGGGAUUCUUGAUUUGUCGAAAAUCUUAAUUACUUCCCUAGUGUUAUGAAGUAUGAAGUGUGAUCCUAACACUGUUCAAACUAAAUUCAUUUCUUAAAUGUAGAAAGUACAAAUGUCCAUUUCAAGCACUUGUGAAUAGGAAAAUGUAAUAUAUUGAGUUAUUUACUGUGAAUACUGCACGACAGCUUUAAACUUGCACCCUAGCCAAUAGGCUGCCUUCAAGAGGUGAGGAACUGCACUCAUUGGUCAAAAUUCAGCCUUAUUCAGCCUUAGAAAAAUACCUUUGUGCUUUAUUGCAAACACCGGCGUGGCUUUAGUGCUGUAAGCACACCGCUCAUUGACUCCUUGAUAAACAAGAAUGUACAAUUGUUCUUUUUUUUUUACAUUUCUAACGACGUGCCUUAAAACUGUUACGAUGACCAACGCUAAACAAUGUUGACCAAACAGCCAGUCACUUGCAAAGCGAACCGCCGCCCUAGUUUAAGUGGCUUUCCGUCGGCUCAGUGACAAUCCAGCAACGUCCAUUCUGUUGUGUGUGCGUGUGUGUGUACUAACGUUGAAUCAUUUCACUCAACAAACACGUGUUGUUUUGACCAUCCUUCAGGCCUGGGCAUAUAUAGUGGACGUUCUUUUUUUGUGUGGUGGUAUUGGUUCGUAUUUUGGCACUCUUACCCCCGUAGCAGGAGAGAGAGAGCGCAAAUAAAUCACAUUGUGACAGAAGCUUC